GUUCUGACUGUGGAGGUCGCUGUCGAUCUCGCGAGACUUCAGACUGGCGGCACCGGAAGAGGCGGGCCCGCUGGAAAAAAAAGGAGCGUGAGGCAGCAGCACGCUGUGUUCCCAGAAGGCUGUGGGCGUCCCUCGCUUCCUCUGAGGUUUUCCGAGCGGGUGUGUGGACGGCUUCCUGAAGGCUGACUAUGGCACUUCACGUUCCCAAGGCCCCGGGCUUUGCCCAGAUGCUCAAGGAGGGAACGAAACAUUUUUCAGGAUUAGAAGAGGCUGUGUAUAGAAACAUACAAGCUUGCAAGGAACUUGCCCAAACCACUCGGACAGCAUAUGGACCAAAUGGAAUGAACAAAAUGGUUAUCAACCAUCUGGAGAAGUUGUUUGUGACAAAUGAUGCAGCAACUAUUCUAAGAGAACUAGAAGUACAGCACCCUGCUGCAAAGAUGAUUGUAAUGGCCUCUCACAUGCAAGAGCAGGAGGUUGGAGAUGGUACAAACUUCGUUCUGGUGUUUGCUGGAGCACUUCUGGAAUUAGCUGAAGAACUUCUGAGAAUUGGCCUGUCAGUGUCAGAGGUCAUAGAAGGUUACGAAAUAGCCUGCAGAAAAGCUCAUGAGAUUCUGCCUAAUUUAGUAUGUUGUUCUGCAAAAAACCUUCGCGAUGUUGAUGAAGUAUCAUCCCUUCUACAAACCUCCAUAAUGAGUAAACAAUAUGGUAAUGAAACAUUUCUGGCCAGGCUUAUUGCUCAGGCGUGUGUAUCUAUUUUUCCUGAUUCCGGUCAUUUUAAUGUUGACAACAUCAGGGUUUGUAAAAUUCUGGGCUCUGGUAUCUAUUCAUCUUCAGUAUUGCAUGGCAUGGUGUUUAAGAAGGAAACCGAAGGUGAUGUGACAUCUGUCAAAGAUGCAAAAAUAGCCGUGUACUCUUGUCCUUUUGAUGGAAUGAUAACAGAAACUAAAGGAACAGUACUGAUAAAGACUGCUGAAGAACUGAUGAAUUUUAGUAAGGGAGAAGAAAAUCUCAUGGACGCACAAGUCAGAGCUAUUGCUGAUACUGGUGCAAAUGUUGUAGUAACAGGUGGCAAAGUGGCUGACAUGGCUCUUCAUUAUGCAAACAAAUACAGUAUCAUGUUGGUGAGGCUAAACUCAAAAUGGGAUCUCAGAAGACUAUGCAAAACAGUGGGUGCUACAGCUCUUCCUAGAUUGACUCCUCCUGUCCUUGAAGAAAUGGGACAUUGUGAUAGUGUUUACCUCUCAGAAGUUGGAGAUACUCAGGUGGUGGUUUUUAAGCAUGAAAAGGAAGACGGUGCCAUUUCUACCAUAGUGCUUCGAGGCUCUACAGACAAUCUGAUGGAUGAUAUAGAAAGGGCAGUAGAUGAUGGUGUUAAUACUUUCAAAGUUCUCACAAGGGAUAAACGUCUUGUGCCCGGAGGUGGAGCAACGGAAAUUGAAUUAGCCAAGCAGAUCACGUCAUAUGGAGAGACAUGUCCUGGACUUGAACAGUAUGCUAUUAAGAAGUUUGCGGAGGCAUUUGAAGUUAUUCCACGAGCACUAGCAGAAAACUCUGGAGUUAAGGCCAAUGAAGUAAUCUCUAAACUUUAUGCUGUACAUCAAGAGGGAAAUAAAAACGUUGGAUUAGAUAUUGAGGCUGAAGUCCCUGCUGUAAAGGAUAUGUUGGAAGCUGGUAUUCUUGAUACUUACCUGGGAAAAUAUUGGGCUAUCAAACUAGCUACUAAUGCUGCAGUCACUGUACUUAGAGUGGAUCAGAUUAUAAUGGCAAAACUGGCAGGUGGACCUAAAGCUCCUAAACCACAAGGAAACUGGGAUGAUAAAGAUGGUUGGCAAGAUGAACCUCAUUUAUAAAUAGCAAAUCAGAUCAUCAUGGCAAAACCAGCUGGUGGGCCCAAGCCUCCAAGUGGGAAGAAAGACUGGGAUGAUGACCAAAAUGAUUGAAUGGCUUGAUUUUUACUGUAGGUGAAGACUGUUUGUAGUAGUGCUGUGGAAAUUGCCUGGCGUUUUCUUACUCUCCUUAAGUUAAGAAGUGUUCCGUGUUCUUAUCCUCAGUUGGCUGUUGUAAUAAACACGUUGUUACUGU